AGGAUAACGUGCAAAACUGUAAACAAAAACUGACAGACGAAGAAGUAACUGAAAAAAAAAGUAUGCUGAAAAAACUGCUGGCGCUAAGGGGUGGUAGUGGGUCUCUUUUCUCUGACAGAGGAUGACUAAAAAUCGUGUCCUUUGAACGAAACUAAAACAAAAUGUGCAGAAGAAUGAGUUAAUAAUGGCGGUGGCAGAAGCAAGAACAGCUUGGCAAAGAGUAGCUAAUCGAUGUUUGGUCCAGGAAGAUGCCAAACGAGCUCCAAAGUUGGCAUGCUGCUCAUCAGCGUCACCCUCAUUGAAACAAGUUGAUACUGAGCCUGCAAAUGGUGCUGAUGCGCACGAAGCGUCUGGCACAUAUUUCCAGCCCUUUAACAGGAACUCUUCAUAUUGUGAUUUAUCCCCUAAUUCAAGAUGGUGGCUGCAUCUUCAACCUAAUUAUGGGUAUCGAAGAGGCUUAGUGAGUGAACCAGUAGAUUCUCUGGAUUCAGAAAUGGAGAAUAUUGGACCAGUUUCAGAUUCAACCUCUAAAAAUAGCAAGUUAUGUGAUCAGAGUGAAAAAGUUGGUGGUUACGCGGAUGAAAUCAGUAUUGGCCGAUCUCUAGAUUCUCAGGUUACAAGAUCUACAAGCCAUGUAAACAGUGGCUUGGGAGUUGGAAGCAGAGAACUAAUAGAUGUGUUUACUGAGAUUUCCAAGGAUAGUCUUAACCUUGAGGACACAGACUAUCCUUAUGAAGCAAGUAAGAAAGGUCUGGUUGAUGAACUUUCAUUUGAUACAGAGUAUCCCUGGAUGGGUGUUGAGAAAACGGAGCCAUGGUGGCGAACUGCUGACAGAGAGGAACUUGCUUUAUUGGUUGCCCAGAGAUCACAUUAUUUUAUGGAGAAUUGUGAUCUUCCCCAGCCUCAGAAUAAUUUUGUUAAACGGGAUCACGAUGUGGACGUUGACAGUAAGAAUUAUGCUUCUUCUAUGGGUCCAAAAGCUGGAACUAUGCGUCAACAUAUUGUGAAUAUUCAUCAACGUGGUAAUCUUUCUUUUGAACGUCCAUCUCAGUUAUAUGCUGAAGGGAACUUGCAGCUCCACACUUGCAAAUCAUCAAGUUUGAGGAAUAGUGACCAAAAGCUUGUGCCUGAAACGAAGACAUCUGGAGAUGAUGAAAGCAAGGCCCAACUACUAAAAGCACUUCGUCAUUCUCAAACGCGUGCAAGGGAAGCUGAGAAUGUGGCAAAGCAAGCCUUUGCAGAGAAGGAGCACGUCGUUCAGCUGGUCUUUAGACAAGCAUCACAACUUUUUGCCUACAAACAAUGGUUCCAGCUACUGCAACUAGAGAACUUCUACUUCCAGAUUAAAAACAACAAAAACCAACCCAUAUCGGCCACAUUACCAGUAAUGUUACCAUGGUUGCCCCAGAAACCAAAGAGACCGCGGAAGAAGCCUGCUAGGGUGAAACGAGCCCGUCCCAAGUAUGACUUGAGCAGAUAUGCAGUUGUUUUUGCACUAGGUUUGGGUCUGGUUGGUGCAGGGUUGCUUCUUGGGUGGACGGUCGGGUGGAUGUUACCGAUGUUCUGAGCUGUGUAGAUUGUAUCCAAUUUUCCUGUUAAUAUUUACUAGUUUUGUGAAGAUUGGUUCACAGGGGAAUUGACUGGGUGGUUGUGUCUAUGUAUGUUAGGUGUAUGAUUAUCAUUUCUACUAUUACUUUGGUCUUAGCUUUUAGUACUUGAAUUGAAAAUGAAACACUGAGCUUUCCCUCAGCUUGUACUUGAAGACAAGCAAGCAUGCAUAUACCUUAGGCCAGUUAUGUUUUAUCCUCACCAGAAACAUGGUUUCUAUUGACUGUUUUGUAUAGUCAUGAUGAAGGAAUCCAUGGGAAUUAGUAUUAUGCUCUGUAAUUUCUUUUUCCUCUUAUGAAUUUUCUACAUAUGUCAGAUAUGUUCAGUGUC